AUGGGAGGAUGGGUUGAUGGAGUGUGGUCGUGGGGGAAUUUAGGGAUCAAUCCGUUGGAUUUGAGCGCUCAUAAUUUGGUUUCGGAUUUGGCUUCUUUGGGGGUUUUGUUGGAAGGCCGCGGUCCGGGUAGUGGGGAGUCCGAUACCGUGGAGUGGAUGGCCGAAGCGGAUGGUGUCUUUUCCGUUGCUUCUUGUUAUAAGUUUUUUGCCGGGUUCCGUAUUCCGUUUGGUCCUUCAAAUAAAUUUGAUGGGGCAUUGAGCUUGAUAUGGAAAAUGGAAGUUCCUUUUAAAAUUAAGGCUUUUGGGUGGAGGGUCUUGGUUAAUAGACUACCUACAAAGGAUUUAUUGCUUCGGAAAGGUAUUACUUUUUCGGGAGAUUUUUCCAAGUGUGUUUUUUGUGGUGUUCAUCCGGAAAGUAUGAUGCACUCUUUCUUUUUGUGUCCUUCGGUUGCUUUGGUUUGGUCUUCAAUGGCUAGGUGGAUAGGCAAACCUUAUGGUGGGAUGGAGGAGAAUUGUUUGGGUGGUUUUUUGGAUUGGUUGUCCUUUUGUAAAAUGAAGAAAGUUAAAGAAGGUAAAUUAGGAGUAGUUUGGUUAGCAACUUUAUGGUCUCUUUGGUUGUAUAGAAAUGGUGUGUGUUUUCGGAAUGAGGUGUGGAAUGUGGAUAAUACUAUUUGGAGCAUCAAGGUUUUGGUGUGGAAGUGGGCUUUUAUAGGAGAUAUUACUCAUCCUAUUUGUGGCUUUUACGAAUUCAACAAAGAUCCUUUGUUCUUUAUUUCGUAG